AUGGAAGACGGGUCCACGAGAGAGCGGCCGGCCAUGGAAGACGCCGUCCUCCUCUUCCUCCUCCCCGUGGCCACCAUCCUGUGCUGCACGCUACUCCUCCGUGCUGCUCGCUCCCAUCACUCCAAGUCCGCCCCGCCGCCUUCCCCGUGGCGGCUCCCGCUCGUGGGCAACCUGCACCAGCUCGCGGGCGGCCGCCUCCCGCACCGCACGCUGGCCGCCCUCGCCGCCGCGCACGGCCCCGUCAUGCUCCUCCGCCUCGGCCAGGUCCCGGCCGUCGUCGUGUCCUCGGCCGGCGCCGCGCGGGAGGUGAUGCUGGCGCAGGACCACGUCUUCGCCACCCGCCCCUCGCUCGCCAUCCCCUCCAAGCUCUUCUACGGCUGCACCGACGUCGCCUUCGCCCCGCACGGCCCCUACUGGCUGCGCGCCCGCAAGACCUGCGUGCUCCACCUCCUCAGCCCCGCCAGGGUGCGCGCCUACCGCGCCGUCCGGGAGGACGAGGUGGGCGCGCUCCUGGACAAGGUCCGGCGGCAGGCGCGCGUCGUGCCCCUGAGCGAGCUCCUGGCCGUGUUCGCCAAGAACGUGAUCGGGCGGAUCGUGUUCGGGGCGAGCGCCGCCACGCGCGCCGACGGGUGGGGCGCCAAGGUGGACGCGCUGCUGGAGGAGGGCAACGCGCUGCUCGGCACGUUCCACGUCGGCGACUACUUCCCUAGCCUGGCGUGGGUAGGCGCCCUGGACGGCACCGACACCAAGGUCGGCAAGGCGUUCGACAGGAUCGACGCCGUCCUCGAGGAGAUCGUCGACGCCGCGGAGAGUCGCAUGGGCGGAGUCCACGGAGGCGACGCGCUGGGGCGGCACGACAGCACCUUCGUCGACGUGCUGCUGUCCCUCGGCAACAACACCUCCGGCACCGGCACCGGCGGCGCGUCCACGGAGCGGCGAUUCACGAGGGACAACGUGAAGGGGCUCCUAGCGAAUCUGUUCGGGGCAGGGGCAGACUCCACCAUCAUCGUGCUCGAAUGGGCCAUGGCAGAGCUGCUCCGCAACAAGGAGGCCAUGGAAAAGCUACAAGACGAGCUAAGGAGUAGAUCCGUAAGCACCAACUCCGAUAUGAUCACCGAAGAAGAUUUACAGGGGAUGGUCUACCUGAAAACGGUGAUGAAGGAGACGAUGCGGCUGCACCCUCCGGGGCCGCUGCUGAUCCCCCGCGAGGCCAUGGAGCAGACGAGGAUCCAGCAGUACGACGUGCCGAGCAAGACCAUGGUGAUCGUGAACGCCUGGGCCAUCGGAAGGGACCCGGGCAGCUGGGAGUCUCCGGAGGAGUUCCGGCCGGAGAGGUUUCUCGGCACCGGCGGCGAGGUGGACUUCCGGGGCCGGCAUUUCCAGCUCGUACCGUUCGGUUCCGGGAGGAGGGUGUGCCCGGGGAUCAACUUCACCAUGUCCAUCGUGGAGAUCGCGAUUGCCAACCUCGUCGGCCGGUUCGACUGGGCGCUGCCGGAGGGCGGGACGGAGGAGGUGGUGGACAUGGAGGAGGCGCCUGGGAUCACCUCGCGGAAGAGGGUUCCGCUUCACGUCCUGGCUGCACCGUGGGCAUUGACGUGA